AUGCAGCACAGAGUAUGGCUACGGACUAACAUAGCGUAAACCCUGUUGUCUGAGAUUAUCGAAACAUGGCAAUCGCAAGCCAUAGCUGCUUCAUAACUUCCCGAAGGCACUGAAGCGAAGGGAAACGGAUAAAGGCUACUCUUGUCUGCUUCUGCUGACCAUGCAAAACCACCGCGAGGAGGCAGGAAAUACAAUGGCAGGUAGCGACGUUCAAUCAGCUGCGGACCGGACGCCUACAAAUGGCCUAUCACCAGAGGACGAGGACGAGGACGGGUUCGAAUCCCUGACAGCGAGACUCAACAUCGAGAAGCGAAUUCAGUUCGGCGCUGAAAAGUUCUUGGAGGCGUUAGAUUCCGAUACCUCCUCAAUCCCAGAAGAGGCUCGUCCACCGCUGAGAGCGAAGGUCUUGGCUGAGCUCGCCGCAUCUAAUUCAAAAAUUAGAAAUCUAGAGGACGCAAUAGCAGCCAAUGGGAGACAAGAUUCUCAGCUGAUAACGGAUCAACGGAAUGACUCCACACGAGUGCCUCAAAUAUCAGCAGAUUCACCAACGACUCGUUCUCUGAGGCCAGUAGAUUCCAAUUCUACUCUCGCCUCUGAAUUCAGUGGAUCGACCCGGAAUAACAACGAUCGCUUGACCUCGCGCCCAUCCCGGUUGCGAGUCGAAAGUAGGAUUGUCACAGGACGAAACGAUACGGAAGAAACGGGCAGUUUCCCUAGUCUUUCGCCUAUCGAUGGGGAAAGUCUUGCGAGGGAUCACCGUAGCCUCAGUCAAAGGUCAUUGACGACAGAAUCUCAUUACAAUGACUCGUCUCGCAUAAGAGCUCUGUGGCCGUCGGAUCAAUUCGCCGACGAUAGAUACCAAGACCAGAUGGAUGAACACGUCAUCGACGAACUUCGAAACAAAGCUCGGCAGAAUCUAGCGCAUCUCCGUAGUCUGAAACCCGUUCGAGCACAAGAGCAACGGACGAUGCGAGAAGUUGGUGGUGCCAUUGCUAGUUUGACCCGAUUCGCCAGGCUGUCACCUCAGGUAGCCUCCAGCAUAGACUUUGAGGAUCUGGUUGAUGUGACCUUGUGCUAUGCAAUGGAACCCUACGCCAGCCCUUUGAGGUCGGCCUGCUACCGGCUCUAUCGGAACUUCCUGCACGAUCGGCAUUCAUGGCAUAUCCUCAGAAAGCGAGGCGUAGAGUGGCUAUUGAUUCGAACAUUUGGACGAGCCAAUCGCCAGAUCCCAGAAAUGGAACAGGCCCUCCAAUUGAUAAGAGUGGUCAUUCUACUGCCCGUCGCUGCCCGCAAUGAUCGUGAUCGGCCCGGCUUCGAAGGUAUGACGGCAGACGGCAGUGAAGACGUGCUUCACCACGAUCCCGUGCUUUCAGAAGCACUCGUUAGGAUUUUGGUCAGCAUGGCAGAAAAUCCCGAGGACCCCUUCCAAAGUAUCAGUCUUGAGACACUGGCAGAGAUAGCUGUGAUUGAUCUCGCCACUCUCAUCCAGGCCGACGGUCUCAGAUUUAUUCUGCAGAUUUUCGAAAACGGACCUUACAAUCUCACGCAAACCUUGACUCCUGUCUUGAUGUCUCUCCUCAACCUGCCGGAGAGUCGGAGACUGUUGCCCAAAGAUACUGGUCUCGGAGUGAUCUUUGCAGGCUUUACGAAUGCCUAUGGGUCAGGACCAACCCAUAUUGAGAGACUGAGGGCGACUUCCGUCAACACCCUGACUGUCCUCAGAUCGUGGCCCGGUUUCAUGAUGUGCUGCAUGUCAGGUUCACGCCAGAUUGAAAGUUUGGUUGAAGCUCUUAGUGUCCCGGUGAUGGAAAUGCGGGAAGUGCUUCUGGACACCUUGUUUGAUCUUUUCCGAUUGGAGAAGCCAUCAUGGUACCACGACCUUCUACAGGACAAGCAGAGGACACAUCAGCCAAAGUCCGACUCGCGCCACUCACAUCGUUCGACGAAACCCAAUGUCCUCGAUCACUAUACAAGUCUCUUACUGGCUGUCUUUGUUGAUUCGGGACUUGUUGAGGCACUGGUCGAAGUCGUAGAGGAACAGGUUCCCGUUCUGUCGAGAAAGGCCACACUGCUCAUCAGCGAGCUUCUAGCACUGGCGGCCAAGCUGCUCCCUCUCAACUACGCUGCAAAAGUCCAGAGCUUGCCCAGACUGUUCUGUUCGGCGACGACACUAGAUGAUUCGCAGCAACGCGUAGCCGCUUUGGACGCGCUGUCUUCGAUAACGGCUUCCGUUCGAGGACAACGUGCACCUGCUUUGGCUGAUGCACCGAAAAGAAAACGAUCUCAAUCCCAGUCAGACCCGGUAGAACGUGGUCAGCGGCAGGUGGAACAAGUGCGAAAGAGACUAGGUAUGCAGAUGGAUGACCGACAAUUCCAGGCCGCAUUGGUCGAAAGUCAGGUACUGUAUACGAAGGACCAUAAUAAAUGGAACUACGACGCGCUUGUCGAGAUCAUAGAGGGACCUCUUCUAAACGCCCGUAGACUGGAGGAGGCUUUCAGAGUGUCCAAAUUCGGCCGCCGUCUUAUGACGUUCUUUCAGCCUUUGUACCGCCGUUUUAGCGACAUUAAAAGGACCAGAGCGAAUCGCAAAUGGGUCAAGCUCGGUAACAUUCUCGUCACCUCGCUGAUGUCCACGCAAGACGGCUUGCAUAUCCUUGCUGAGGACCAACUCUUACGACAAAUCGUGGACUGCUUCAUGGAAUUGGAUCAAUACGCAGGCCAUCCCAACCCUCAGCCUUACUUCUCGAAAAGUAGGAUGGAGAAUACACUGUCAUACGGCUAUUUUGAGAUGAUACAACUGCUCAGUAAACGUGCCGAAGGCCUCAAGCUACUGGAGAAAUACAGUUACUUCACCUGCUUCUACCACUUGAGCGAGCUACGAAGCCGAGAUGACCUGAUCCGAGCGAUCAUCAAGCAUUUAGACUACUCGAGUGAUGGUCAUGCCCGGAUCAUACUAUCGAAAGCAUUGACUUCGAGCUACAUGCACACCCGUAUCUUUGCAACACAGCGAUUGAGUCGUUUGCUCGAGGAGGACAGCUCUUCGAUGUGGGCAUUAGAGCUCCUCGUUACGCAGCUGUAUGAUCCUGCGUUUGAAGUUUGCGAAGCAGCCGCCCAGUACCUCGAAACUUUGUGCGAGGACACCGCUAUACUAGAAGCUGUCGUGCGGCUGCGACCUACUCUAGACCAUCUUGGCGAGGUUGGACAAUGUUUGCUGUUAAGGUUUCUUUCUACGUCUACCGGUUUCUCAUAUCUACGACGCGCAGACUAUAUCGAUCGGGAAAUCGACGAGUGGUACAACUACCGCAAUGUUCAGUACGUAUCGCAAAUCGAAAUGUACCUGGCCGAAGGUCUUCGACCGGAGAUGACGGUCCAGGGGAUGUUCAGCCAUACCACACGAGGAGCAGCUCCACCCAAUUUCUAUGCCGAAAUCACCAAAACCGCCGAAGGAUGUCGCGUGCUGGGCGCAAAGGGCCAUGUUGCAGCCUUUGCCAACACGUUGCGUCUUUAUGCGGAAGAGGGUCAAGACGAAUCGUUGCUGCUUAUCCUUAAGAGCGCGUUAUGGGCUCUCGGAAGUAUCGGAUCCACACAGGGUGGACUCCCCUUUCUGGAGGAAGCGGACAUUGUCGAAUUGGUUGUGGAACUCGCGGAGCAUUCGUCGGUCUUGAGCAUUCGGGGAACAUGUUUCUUCGUGUUAGGGCUGAUAGCAUCGACUACAGCCGGAUGUGAUAUUCUGGAAGAAUACGGUUGGAUGCCCAGCGUCACCGCUCGGGGAGAAGUCACUUCCUUGUGCCUUCCGGAGGAUCUGAGCGACUUUCUAAGCCUACCGGACCUUUCUCCCUACACGAAAACAAGCCGAUCUAUCAGACGGGAAGGGCUUUCGACUCUAGAAACGAGACUAUUACAGGACGUCUCGAACCUUGGCAAUUACGUCAUGGCGACGCAGGCCAUGCAGAAUCUCGCGCGCUUGCGAAGUCGCCAUCGCGAGCUCUUCAGCUCGACAAAGCUAUACUUGACCGUCUUCCGUAUGCUAUCGCUCGAGCACUACAAACAACCGGUUCGAGCCUUUGUCUUGGACAUGUUCGACCUUCAGUUGACUGGAGAGGUUAUAGCGGAAUUCCUCGAGCUAGAUAUUCACUACACCGCAGCACCGGAGUUGGCACCGCUAGCCAACGAGCCUGCCAUGCGGGACGACGUCUACCAACACUUGGCGGGACUUCCUACGCCCGAACCUGGGCAGGCACCAGCCAAAGACACGCACCCUACAGUAGUACGAGACAGCCGGCACCGACCUCCAGCGGUCUUCAUUGCCGGCUUUUCCAUAAGCCCGUGGCGGUCGACUGAGAUGCCCAAUCAUUAUAUAUAAAACAUAUGAAGCACACAUAUGAUGGUGCCGGUACCGGUUCACCGCGAAUGCCCAACGUCGAUCGUAAAAAAAAGUAGAUGAACAGAAGCCCCGGAUUCGUGUGGUUCCAAGAAUAUCUAGAAGGGUAUAUCGAGAGGUCCGGUCGUUCGAAGGGAAAGAA